CACACACACGCGCGCGCGCGCGCACACACGUCGCACGUGGCACGUGAUUUAACAGCUGGCCUCGUAAGUGAACCUGUGUGGUUGGAGCCGAGCAUCCUGGCCGGAGGACGCAGACAUGACCGCUCGGGUGAAGAGCUCCGGCGGCGGCGGCGGCGGCCAACAUCCCCUGGCGGGCGCCGGGUUCGUGUCCAGGCUGUUUCUGUGCUGGUUGUACCCGUUGCUGCAGCUUGGCCACAAACGGAAGCUGGAGGAAAGUGACAUGUACAGAGUUCUUCCCGAGGAUCGCUCUGACGUACUCGGAGAGACACUGCAAAGGUUGUGGGAGCGUGAAGUUAGAAAUGCCACGAAGGACCUGAGGAAACCAAAACUCACCAGAGUUCUCAUCAGGUGCUUUGGGAAGCCCUUCGCCGUGGCUGGGCUGUUUGCAUUUUUACUGGAGACCAUUAAAGUAGUGCAGCCUCUUCUUCUCGGGAAAAUAAUCAUGUAUUUUGAGAAUUAUGACCCUGACGACCGGACAAGUCUCUACAUGGUGUCUGGUUACGGUGCUGCCAUGUCCCUGUCCGCCUUCGGACUGAUGAUCCUCCAACUUCUCUACUACUACCAUGUCCAAAGAAUAGGCAUGAAGAUACGAGUGGCCAUGUGUCACAUGAUUUACACGAAGGCUCUUGGUCUCAGCAGUGAAGCCAUGGGACAAACCACCACUGGACAAAUUGUGAACCUCCUCUCAAAUGACGUCUACCGCUUAGACGAGGUCACACUCAAUCUGCACUACCUGUGGUUGGGACCUCUACAAACGAUGGGGAUCAUCUUUUUCCUUUGGUCUGAGAUCGGCCUGUCGUGUCUGGCAGGCGUGGCAGCUGUUGCCCUCAUGUUGCCUGUGCAGACCUGGUUCGGAAAACUCUUUGGUAUCUUCAGGAGUAAAACGGCAGUCCUCUCUGACGAUAGGAUUCGCAUCAUGAACGAAGUGGUGUCUGGCAUCAGGAUCAUCAAGAUGUACGCCUGGGAGAAACCAUUCUCCGCUCUGGUCACUGAGGUCAGAAGGAAAGAAAUCAGCCAGAUACUGAAGAGCUCUUUUCUACGAGGACUCAACAUGGCCGCCUUCUUUGCCAGCAGCAAGGUCAUCGUCUUCAUCACCUUCGCCGUCUACGCCCUCCUGGGAAACGCCAUCACUGCCAGCAGAGUGUUUGUCACCGUGUCCCUCUAUGGCACCGUCAAGAUGACGGUCACUCUGCUCAUCCCGCUGGCUGUGGAGAAGCUGUCGGAGACCGUGGUCAGCAUUCACAGGAUCAAGAAUUUCCUCCUGCUCAAGGAGGUUGACAGAAACACGUCCGGGAUUCCUCUUGAUGAGAAGAAUCCAAACUGCAUCGAGAUGAAGAAGUUGACCUGCUACUGGGAUAAGAGUUUGGACGCUCCGUCACUCCAGAAUGUCUCCGUCAAUGUGAAGUCGCACAAACUUCUGACUGUGAUUGGACCCGUGGGGGCUGGAAAGUCGUCGCUGCUGAGUGCGAUCCUGAGGGAGCUGCCUCUCGACACAGGGACCCUACAGGUCAAAGGUCAGUUGACCUACGCCUCCCAGCAGCCCUGGCUGUUCCCCGGAACCAUCCGGAGUAACAUCCUGUUUGGGAGAGAGCUCAACUCCACCAAGUACGAGGAGGUCAUCAGAGCCUGCGCACUGAAGAGAGACCUGGAGCUGCUGCCGGACGGAGACCGGACGCUGAUCGGAGACCGAGGAGCGACGCUCAGCGGGGGGCAGAAAGCUCGAAUCAACCUGGCGAGGUCUGUGUAUCAGGACGCAGACAUCUACCUCCUGGACGAUCCUUUAAGUGCUGUGGACGCCGAGGUCGGGAAACAUCUGUUCGAACAGUGCAUCUGUGGGCUGCUGAAGAACAAGACUCGUGUCCUGGUCACUCACCAGCUGCAGCAUCUCAGGACCAACGACCACAUUCUGAUCCUGAAGGAGGGUCACGUCAUGGCGCAGGGCUCCCACAGGGAGCUGCUGUCCUCCGGGCUGGACAUGGAGUCUCUGAUGAGGAGUGGCGAGGAGCAAGAGAGAUGCGCUCGAUCGUGCGACUCGGACAAAGUGUCUCUGCGAAGCCAGAGGACGAAUAACUCGUACGGUUCACAUGGUCCCAACAGCAGCCUCCUGCCGCCAGAGAGCAGCUGCACAAAUCAGCUUCCUGUUGAAUCAGUUUGUAACAUGGUGGAGGAGACUCGGGAGGAAGGAGACGUCAGCGGUAGCAUUUAUCUGCAGUACUUCACCGGAGGCCGUAACCCGCUCGCCUUAUUGGCCAUCGUCGUGCUCAGUGUCACAGCCGAGGUUGCGUACAUUCUUCAGGACUGGUGGCUCGUGUACUGGACAGAAGCAAAGUGUUGCAACAGCACAGCGACUGACAUUGGUUUUACAAAUGGAACUGACACCACUCACUCAGACGCGUUCAGUCUCACGUUUUACCUCAGCGUUUACUCAGGUCUGACAGCAGCUGCUGUGGUCUUUGGCUACGCACGGAGCCUGGUGAUAUUUCAUGGUUUGGUGAGAUCGGCUCAGACGCUGCACGACAGCAUGUUCAGCGCCGUCCUCCGAGCGCCCGUCGCCUUCUUUGACGUCAACCCGAUAGGAAGAAUUCUCAACAGGUUUUCCAAAGACAUCAGCCAGAUGGACUCCAUGUUACCCAUCACCUUUGUGGACUUCUACCAGUUUUUUUUACUGAUUACCGGCGUGGUCGCCGUGGCGGCGGCGGUCAUCCCUCACAUCCUGAUCCCCAUCGUUCCUCUGUUUCUUGUCUUCUUGUACUUGAGGCGUUUCUACCUCAGCACAUCGCGAGACAUCAAACGACUCGAGUCCACAACUCGGAGUCCGGUCUUGUCCCAUCUGUCGUCGUCUCUUCAGGGCCUGUGGACGAUCCGAGUCUUCGGGGCCGAGGGGAGGCUAAAGAGAGACUUUGAUGCCCACCAGGACCUGCACUCAGAGGCCUGGUUUUUAUUCCUCAUGACGUCCCGGUGGUUUGCGCUUUGCCUCGACAGCCUUUGUUCCGUAUUCAUCACUUUCACAACGUUUGCCUGCAUCUUCCUCAGAGAUGGUCUUGGUGCAGGACAGGUGGGCCUGGUGCUCACCUACGCUGUGACCCUGCUUGGAAACUUCCAGUGGACCGUGAGGCAAAGUGCUGAGGUGGAGAACAUGAUGACGUCAGUGGAGAGGGUGGUGGAGUACACGCAGCUGAAGAGUGAAGCAUCCUGGGAAACCCAGAAGCGCCCUCCUCCUGAUUGGCCGAGUCGAGGAAUGGUGAUGUUCAAGAGGGUUAACUUCUCCUACGGCAGUGAUGGACCACAGGUCCUGAAAGACAUCAGCAUCACCUUCCAGCCCAACGAGAAGGUCGGGGUCGUGGGGAGAACCGGCGCUGGGAAAAGCUCCCUGGUGUCGGCGCUGUUCCGCCUCGGAGAGCCCGAGGGAGAGAUCUACAUCGACGGAGUUCUGACCUCAGAGAUCGGCCUCCACGACCUGCGCCAGAAGAUGUCCAUCAUUCCUCAGGAUCCGGUGCUGUUUACCGACACUGUGAGGAAGAACCUGGACCCUUUCAACCAGCACACUGAUGAAGACCUGUGGACAGCUCUGGAGGAGGUGCAGCUGAGGCCCGUGGUAGAGGAGCUUCCCGGUAGGUUGGAGACAGUUCUGGCCGAGUCGGGCUCCAACUUCAGCGUGGGUCAGAGACAGCUGGUGUGUCUGGCCAGAGCCAUCCUGAGGAAGAACCGUGUCCUCAUCAUCGACGAGGCCACGGCCAACGUGGACCCCAGGACGGACAAACUGAUCCAGAGAACCAUUCGAGACAAGUUCAGAGAAUGUACCGUGCUCACCAUCGCCCAUCGUCUCAACACCGUCAUAGACAGUGACAGAAUACUGGUUCUGGACAGUGGAACCAUCCAGGAGUUGGACCGUCCCUUCACCCUGCUGCAGAACAAAGACGGGGCCCUUUACAAAAUGGUGCAACAGAUGGGCCCGACUGAGGCAGCAGCUCUGCUGGAGGCCGCCAGACAGAAACAAGCAACACAACAGUCCUGAUGACGUGACACCAACACACUCCACAUCGAGGACCUGGUCAUGUGAGACGGCCAUGUGAGCUCAGGGAACGUUUCCAGUAAAGUGCCUGGAGUCUUGAAAUCACUGCUGUAAAAACUUGACAUGGACACUUUAUUUUCUACGAUCGUUAUUUAUAUGGAAACUAAUUGCUGCUCAGUCCACUGAGAUUUCUUUUAUCAAAUGUGUUACCCUUGUUGAUCUCAUUGAUUGUUGAUGAAUGAGUUUGUUUGUUGUCUGUUGAGUUUGAUCGAUUCCCAUGAAUAAAUCGUUACUGUAAAUUA